AUGGGGUUCGAGCGUUGGGACGAGCUGCCCCCAUUUGGCAGCCGGUGCGCGAUAUCCGCGGCUAGGUAUGAUUAUUCUGGUUAUGGACGGUCAUCAGGCAAGGCAAGCGAAGCUAAUACAUUUGCUGACAUAGAGUCUGCAUAUAAAUGCCUUGUGGAGGUUUAUGGGACUAGGGAAGAAGACAUUGUUCUUUAUGGUCAAUCUGUCGGUAGUGGCCCCACUGUUGAUUUAGCUGCUCACUUGCAUCACAUAAGAGCAGUUGUUCUGCAUAGUCCCAUACUUUCUGGCCUACGUGUCAUGUAUUCUGUGAAGAAAACAUACUGGUUUGACAUAUAUAAGAACAUCGAGAAAAUUCCCCUUGUUAAAUGCCCUGUUCUGGUGAUUCAUGGUACAAGUGACGAUGUUGUUGAUUUUUCCCAUGGAAAGCGGAUAUGGGAGCUGGGCCAACAGAAGUAUGAGCCUCUGUGGAUCGAGGGAGGCGACCACUGUAACUUGGAGACCUUCCCAGUGUACAUAAGGCAUCUGAAGAAGUUUCUGUCAGCUGUAGAGAAGUUGCCUGCUGGAAAAGAAGCAGCACCUGAGAAUAGCGCCGCUCUUUCUGAGGCGCAUUUGAUGACCUCGCAGAGGUUAGAGCCAUCGAGGAAGAGCUCAAGGCAUGAGCAGCCUCCUAGGCUGAGCACUGAAUGUGUAGAUAAACACCGUCGAAGUACAGACGUCAGGGAAAAGGCAAGGUCCAUCACACAUGAGAGAUCAAGGAGAAGUGUCGAUACAUUUGACAGGACAAGAGAUGAAAAUGAACGGACAGACAAACCAAGGAAAAGCAUUGACAGGCUUGGCGAGAUGAUUAGAUCAAUGGGCCUCUGCAAUGUUGAUUGCUUCAAAGAGCCUUCUCGAAAAACCGAGGCUUGCUGAGUCAGUGAGUGGUUUUUCAUAUGUAGUUAUAGAAUCGUUUUGUUUCUCUUUGCAG